AUGGUCAAGAAGAAGAACUCCACCGUCGCCACCAGCGCUGCGAGCAGCGGCACCGUCGCCAAGGCUUCUCCAAAUCCGCCGAAGAGAGGCGCUCCAGAUGCUUCUCCUCCAGCUCUGGCGCCGCCAGCACCGUCAAGCUCCACGGCUGGGCCCAACCCCGAUGAUUGGCUGGCGUCUACCACCCCAAAGCGUGAUGAAAAGAAGGCUCGGAGCCUUGGAUUAAUUUCUUCCGACGAGGGGAAUAUCCCCAUAGCUCCUGAAGACUUGCGAAACCUGCUGAACGAUACUUCUGAGGGAAGAGAUUCCUCAGCCCCUGUAGAAUUUCAUACUGAAGAAAACGCAAGCCCAAAGGAUGAACGCGAUGAUCCGAUGAACUCUGAGGCUGACUUUAUCAAUCCUCCAUCCCCAGCCAAUGAUAUUAGCGACACAGCGGGGUCAAUGCAUGAUGACGACGCUGAUCGUGCUGCCUUUAUUGAUGCAGUUGUGGAGGAGGCCGAAGCGUCGCCUUUGAAGAGACCGUCUGGCGGCUUUGCCGACGAAGAUGAUCUUUUUGACCUUGACGAAGGUCUCAUUGAGCCUCCGCCCAAGAAGGUCAAGUCUAGCACUGUUCCGCCGAAUCCUGCAGCUUCCGAGGCUUCGGCCCCUACUGCAGCCCCCACGGCCCAGAUAUCGACUGCUUCUUCCCUUUCCAAGGGGAAGGAUAUUCCUUCGGCAGCCGCAACUCCUUCUUCAGGGAAACCUGAUUUGCGAGCUGUCAUAUCGUCUUUAGAAACUUUCGCCUCCCAAUACACUUCCCUGGAAGCUGACAAGGCCCAACUGCAAAAGGAGGUCCAGUCUUCUUCCUCAAAGUUGGAGGGCGCAAUAAAAAUAGCUGCCGAAGCUCGCCAGGAAGUCGACUCCCUGACGGAGGAGCUCGAGGGGCUGGAGAAGAGGCAUCCAGAGGCUUCUGAUAUCCCUGUCGAGGCUCUGGACAAGCUUCCAAACAGUUCCCCGGCGAAUGCUCUGUCGAUGACUCUUGCUUCUCACCAGCUCACGCAGGACCUCCUCCAGAAGGGCAAGGGAGCCAUGGUUUUCCCUGUGCCUGCAUUUGUCGAUGAUUCUUCGGGUGCUGUCUCUGAGAGUGAUCGACUCCAGCGUAUGAAGGAUCGGAUUGCGCAGAUGGAAAAGGAUAUGCGCAGUACUUAUGCCUUGGCUGCUAUUAUCAGAAAGAAGAGCGAGCUUGCAGCUGACUCAUAG